CCUCCCCCUUUUCUCCUCCUCUCUCCUCGGUCCAACGCCAAGCACAGCCUGCCCGAUCCAUCCAUCUGCUUCCAUUUAUCCAUGGAGACACAUGGUUUGCAAUUUGGCAGAGGGAACCCCUCCAAGCAGAUCCCCUCCCUCCAUUCUUCUCCAUGGGCUACGUACUACUCAUCAGCUCCUGACGGCGUCCCCACCUGUGGAUGUCGUGGUUGCCAAAGAUGGUAGCGGGGAUCAUGACACCAUCAGUGCGGCUGUGGCGGCAGCACCGCCAGGGGGUUCAAGGUACAUCAUCCACAUCAAGGAAGGACUGUAUCAGGAGAAGGUUGAAGUGCUCCAACGGAGCAAUGUCAUGCUCAUCGGAGAUGGAGCUGCUCGAACAGAGAUUAUUUAAUUUUGUUAGUGUGAUUUUUGUUGUAGGCGUUCCCCCCUUUUUAUCUUGUACUACCUUUGUUCAUUCUCCUUUUAUAAGACAUUUUAGACAUCCACUAUAUAUGAAAACAAAAGGAGGGAGUAGUAUAUAUAUAUCUGUAAAUUUCACAUGCACUUGUUCUGCAUAAUAUAAUUGGAAAACAA